GCGCUCGAUGCUUUUGGGCCUUUAAUUAUAACGGCGGGCGCGGCGGCUUGGUCUUCUACUUCUAUCUCGUGCAGCUGAAAACAGUCAAUCACAACAUCUUGUGUCUGAUCCUCCCCAAGAAAGACAAACACCCUGCCGCACAGCCAUGCCCGUUUCCCCGCUCCCCGUCCCCAACUCCACGACCUCCUUCUGGAGGUCAUCCCCGCACCCUCUAGACGAUCACCGGUCUACCCCGGAGCUCCCAGCCGAAGUUGACAUUGCAGUCAUUGGCGCCGGCUAUGCAGGUGUCGCUACGGUAUACCACAUCCUCGACCAGUGCAAGGCGCGUGGUGUCGCGCCGCCAAAGAUUUUGAUACUUGAGGCCCGACAGGCAUGUUCCGGGGCAACUGGACGCAAUGGCGGCCAUCUUAAGCCGGAUCCGUACAAUCGCCCCGCAAGUUUUGUUUCCACUCAUGGCAUCGAGACUGCGAAGGAGUGCGCGGAGUUCGAGGCCAAGAACCUCAUGGAAGUGAAGAAGGCGAUUGAAGCCGAAGGUAUUGACUGUGAUUUUGUCUUGACUCGGGCAGUCGACGCCUUGAUGUCAGAGAGUAUCCGCGAUAAGAUGAAGGCCAACGUUGAGCUGCUCAGGAAAGCUGGCGUUUCUGUAAUGAAGGACGUUUACUAUGCCGAUGGCGCUGAAGCUGAACAACUAUCAGGUGUUAAGGGAGUAAAGGGCUGCCUAUCAUAUACCGCCGGCACCGUCUGGCCAUACAAACUAAUCCUGGCCCUCCUCUCAAAGGCCCUCGACGCCGGCGUCAAUCUGCAGACCCACACGCCCGUCGAGGCAGUAACCAGCAUCCCCGACGCGGACGGCUACCUGACGUUAACGACGGCGCGGGGCGCCGUCCGCGCCGCAAAAAUUGUAUACGCGACAAACGGCUACACGUCGUCCAUCCUGCCCGAAUUUGCCGACAAGAUUGUCCCCGUGCGCGGCAUCUGCAGUCACAUCACGCCCGGCAAGACGCCUGCCCCUUUGCUGCCUCACUCGGUCAUUAUCCGGUGGUCCGACACGGAGUACGAGUAUCUGAUUCCCCGACUCGACGGGAGCAUCGUCGUCGGCGGUGCGCGGUCCUCGUAUUAUCAUGAUUUGUCGGCGUGGUAUAACAAGGUCAACGAUGACGAGUUGAUUGAGGCGGCGAAGACGCAUUUCGAUGGGUAUAUGCAGCGUGUGUUCCGCGGAUGGGAAGACAGCGGCGCGACUACCUCGAAGGUGUGGACUGGAAUCAUGGGCUACUCAUCAGACGGAUUGCCGCAUGUCGGCAUCGUCCCCGGAAAAGAGAAACAAUUCAUCAUUGCCGGGUUCAACGGCCAUGGCAUGCCACAGAUUUUCCUGUCGGCUAAGGGAGUAGCAUCAAUAAUUCUGGAGCAGUCUGAGUUCAAAGCUACGGGUAUCCCUAAGGUCUACCAGGCUUCUCAAGCGAGAUUGGACAGCUCCAGAAAUUCCAUCCUCGAGAGCUGGAAGUCGGUCAACCAGCCGCCGGCAAAACUGUAGAGUUCGUAAAUUUCAUGUGGAGUGGCGUAUUAGAGGCCUAGUUCAGGGAGUAUGCCUACUAGAGUUGGCCUUGUUGUAAUUUUGUAGUUACGUGUUUGGUUUAGCUGUUGCAGCUUAGACAGUUUCCGGAAAGAGCCUCCGGCAUAUUAAGUAAAGUCAUUUGCGUACUAUAGACGAACCAGCUUAUUGUUAAGAUAUUUCAUAUAAUCUAGCGAAUCAUACUCAUAUCAAGGUAUUCCA